AUGGAAAGCUGUCCCCAACCUUGUGUGCCGCAGUCGCACAUUUAUGCAGACAUUGAUUUCAAUGUUCGCUCACUUUUGUUGAUUUUGGGUGACAUGUCAACUACUGAUGAAGGCGACAUCCUAGAAAUAGAAGAUAUUUAUCAGUUACGCGAGGACCUUGAGAUUUUGAUUCGAAAUGUAUCGUAUUAUCAUCCAAGAAUUCAGGAACUCCAUGAAAGGAUUUCUUCGUUGAAAACAACGGUUGAUCAGUUUACAAAACAAGAAAUCAGUAUAGAAGAGAGGGUCAGAUCUCAAUAUCAGCUACAGUGGGAUGAAACGAAAGACAGAUUCACGGAUGUUUCAAUAGUUUGCAACAACGAGCGUGAACGAAUCGAAGAACUUGAAAAGAAUGAAAUAAGAUAUAAAAGAGCAUUGGAAAACAAAAAUAGCAGAAUAAAGUCACUAGAAGAGAAGGUUGCCACCCUGUCGGAGAGCAAUGAAAAAUUAUCUUCCACAGUUAGCGAAUUGAAAGAGUGGAAUGUAACAUUUGCAAAUACAAAAGAGUGGAUUUUGAAGACUACCAACAAUCGACUCGCCAUGUGCAGUACAGAACUAUCUUUCUUCAAAACAACACUUAAUCAGGCAUGUGGAAUAUGCAUUUCUGUAUCAUAUUCUAUCUUAUUUUAA